GGCUUGACAAAAGUCUUCCGCUCGAACGCGCCCAAAGCUUCAGGACAGGACAGACCGAACUAGGCAGAAGGAGAGAGAGAGACAUACAUUUGCUACUGUUGAGAGAAAGUGCAGAUUUCGUUCGAUGGACAAACUUGAAAGGCAUACGAUAUAUUUGAAGUAUUGAGCUAGUUAGCAUCAGAUUUAACGUUAUUACGUUGACACUUCUCAAAGGAAUACAAAAAUGUCGUCGCCAAGUCCAGGCAAGAGGCGAAUGGAUACCGACGUGGUGAAACUCAUCGAGAGCAAGCAUGAGGUCACCAUCCUCAGUGGACUCAACGAAUUUGUGGUCAAGUUCUACGGCCCACAAGGAACACCGUAUGAAGGAGGUGUAUGGAAGGUACGAGUAGACCUACCGGACAAAUACCCCUUCAAGUCUCCAUCGAUAGGAUUCAUGAAUAAAAUCUUUCAUCCCAACAUUGAUGAAGCGUCAGGGACGGUGUGUCUAGAUGUCAUCAACCAGACGUGGACAGCCCUGUACGACCUGACCAACAUCUUUGAGGCGUUCCUGCCCCAGCUGCUGGCCUACCCCAACCCCAUCGAUCCUCUCAACGGAGACGCUGCCGCCAUGUACCUGCACCGGCCAGAGGACUACAAACACAAGAUCAAAGGUGAGACACACACACACACACACACACCAGAUUGCCUGUCUGACUCCCUCUCUUUUCCUUCUCUCUGUUCCAGAGUAUCUCCAGAAGUAUGCGACAGAGGAGGCUCUAAAGGAGCAGGAGGAGGGAGGCGACUCCUCGUCUGAGAGUUCAAUGUCAGACUUCUCUGAGGAUGAGGCUCAGGACAUGGAGUUGUAGUGAAGGGGAGACAACCCCCCUCCCCUCACCCACAUAGACUAUCAUGUCCUAAAGAGCAGAAACAGACUAUUAUAUACAUAUUUAAACAAGGCCAUUUUUUUUAUUACUAAACAAACGUGGAUUUGUAUGGAUUAUAUGAAUGAGAAGCGGCGGUGUGAAAUGUCAAAAUGUCACCCUCGUCUAGAUAUUAUUUAUUACUCAGUCAUAGCCCCCUCCACCAACACCUCCACACCCACAUUAUUCUCCCCUCUUACCCAGAAAGGAGUGCAGCAUUCUCAGGAUCCUAGAUUCCCUCUCCUGUGGUCUGGGUCGUAUUCUGAUUGACCGUUGACCCACUAUCUGCAGGGUAGGCAGAAUGUGGAUGUUUCCGGUUUUCAGCGAUACAGUAGUUUCAACCUAACUUCCGUUUCCCCUUAAAAACAGAUGUGGGGACUCAGCUCAGGCAUCUUUUUACGCCUGCUACAUUAGGUUACCUUUGAGAGCAGUACACCAUUGGAAGACAAGACUGUCAGACAGUCAUUGUCAUGACAGAGACAGGGAUGGAAUGUUUACACUCAGUAACCCCAGCCACUCCCCGCACUAGUUUUGAUUUUUAAUUCUCAGAAUUGUUCUAUAUUUGAUUUCGUGUGUGAAACACUUUUUACAGGCACAUCUUUUUCCACUCCCCUUGCUCUCAGAGAAGCUCUCUGGCUCUAGUGCACGGCCCACUGUUUCUAGAGUCAUUACCACAGUAAGGAAUCGCACUUUGAGAUCCAAUUUCACUUGUUGACUUUCUCAAUUUUGGGGGUUGGAAGCUGCCAUCAGGACCACCACAUGAUCACUCCUUCCCAAGGAUCAGUUAGUGGGUUUCAUCCAGACCUAUCCAAUAUGGCUGCCGUUGACCUCUCUGUCAGGCCUCACCCCAGAGGCCAGUAUAUCCUAUCCACCCACCACACCCUGGUUGUCAUAGAACCUGUUUUGUAAACAAGACUUUUACCCUGUAGUCAGGAGCACCAGCGCACCAACCAAGAGACAACUUACCACACCACUUAACACCAGAGGUGAAGCGGGUGUUGAAGGUGGACUGAACAUCCUUUAUUUUCUGUAUUUUUUCUCCUCUCUGCUCAGUGACUCAUUGAGGCUUGCUACUUGUUGUUUUCACAAAGGGAGAGAGUGGGGGGGGGGGGCUCUGAUCAGUGUGCAUGUGUGAGAGAGAACCCAUCUUAUGUUUUCAGACCCCACUGACCCAAAUGGAAGCGAACCAGACUACUAGAGCUAUAGUAGUUUGUCGUCCUCAGUGACAACCCUAACGCAACAUGAAACAACAUACUGUUGUUGCUCUAGAGGAGAGAACCACAGAGAUUAACUACUGUCAUACCAGGAGCUGUCUGUCACUAAACAAACUCACAUCAUCAUGCACCAGAGUGCACCAAGACACUCCUUUAGCCCUCCUCCUCUUCCUCUUCGUCCUCUUUCUCCUCCUCUUCCUCCUCUCCGUUUUAGGAAAGUGUUUGUGAUUCUCCAAGCAUCCUUUGGUACCUUGUGGCAUGAUACAGAAGUGAAGUUGUGUAGGGCUUUGUUGAGCUUAUAUGCUGUAGAAAUAGAGAAAAGACACCUCUUGUUUGAUGGAUGGUUUUCUAUCUAGAUGUCAGCAGUGUCCAGUCGUAUCCACACUGAGGGUCAGUGUGUGGCCAGGCUUCAUUCCUUCCAAGCACUGUUUGGACUUCUCUCAGUCUUGAUGGAAGACUAUUAUUAGUUGAAUCAGGUGUGUUACUGCUUGGUUGAAACAGAAGCCUGGAGCCACACGACUCGACAGCCCUGAUCUAGGGGUUGGGUUGGAUUGGGUAGUUGUGAGGGGCUGGGUUGGGAGGUUUGAAGGCUACCUGGGGACUUGUUGGAUGGAAUGGGGAAUGGCGGGUGGGGUGGUAACUAACCAGGUCGUUGUUGACCUUAACUUUGCCUAUUGCUUAUGUUCAACUAUAAUACGUGUUUUAUAAAUGGCCCCGUCUCUAUUCUCAGUUCAGUGUGCAGGUGGACUCAUCUAGCCUGGGUGUCUGGCUGUUUCUGCUAUAGCCAACUCCUUUGUCGUUGUUCUUAGGUAAUAUUGGUCUAAAGCAGAAACGCACUGUCUGAUACACAUGCUCGAGGAGUACGCUGGCACCCAGGCUAGAUGAGUACACCUACAUACUCAGACUGGCUAGCAGAAAGUGUUUUUGGUUUUCAACCUUUGUGAUCACUAACUCAGGAGCACCACAUUGGGAGUGCUCCAGGAUUCUUCUCUCUUACUAUUGUGAUCAUUGAGAGGUUGGCCAAGGCUCAACCUACACAGGGUGUCCCAUUCCUGCCACAGCAAACAAUAUGUGCACAAUCCUAUCCCCAUGUGCCCAAUCCUAUAUACUAUCCUCAUCUGUGUGCUUAAUUCUAUAAUAUCCUAUAGGUCACAUUAUAUCUGAUUGUUUCAGAUAGAAAUGUAAUGAUUGAAAGUGGUCAUUGGUGUCUAUUCCACACAGUAGAGGAUCUUGUCCAUUAUGUACAUGACAGAUCUACCUAUGAUAUUCUAAACAUUGUGCAUCGUUUCAAUAAGGUACUAGUGAAGUGUAACUGAAAGGUCUAGGUCCUAGACUCAAGGAGCUGGUUGCAUAUUACUGGUAUAAUAAUGGGGACUCUUUGCUCAAAGCAGAUGUCAUAACAUGUCGUAAGACUGACAAGCCUGUUACAGAAGUGUACUGGCCACUUGUCCUGGGUCAGAUGAGAAGAGAUGUAUCAUCCGUAUUUUUUAAAGAAAACUCAUCUUUCAUAGGGGACAUCCUAGUCGUAAACAUUAGAAUUGAAUCAUAAUUGAAUUAAUCCAUUUGUUUUUCUUUUCACAGAAUGCAACAACUGUAUAAUGUAUAAAGUUGACAAUAACAGUUAACGUAUUAGGGUUCAGGAUUAACGUUAGAGAUGUACAGAUAACAUACCGGACCCCCCACCUCAUCCCCACAUUAUGAUGCUAUUGUUGAUAUGUCUGUAAUUUGUCUUUUGCCUCCAUUACACUGAGUCAAUGAGACAGGAGAAGGACAUUGCUUUGAAAUAAUAUUGCAUUGAAAAACA